AUGUUUCCCUUGUCUCCACGUUUCAGAGAAAUGUUAUUUGACACCACUUGUACUGCUGAUAACCCAAUUGGCCCUGCUGCUGCUGUGGUACUUGGGAAAGUCCUGUGGGGGCUGAUGCUGAUCGCAUCUGUUGUUAUUUAUGGCUCUCAUGCUCCACUCCUGAGUCUUAGUAAGGAAAAUGGCCAGAUCCCAUUCAGUGCCUCCUCUGUGGUGAUUUUGAUUGAGUUAACCAAGUUAAUACUCUCCUUAGUCUUCCUUAUGAUCUGGGACUGGAGACAACAAAAAAUAUCUGUGUCAUGGUAUCAUGCUACUCCCUUUGCUCUUUCAGCAUUGCUCUAUGCAGCCAACAACAACUUGGUAGUUCAUUUGCAGCUGUUCAUGGAUCCUAGUACCUACCAAGUGCUGAGCAACUUGAAAAUUGGUAGCACCGCUUUCCUAUUCAGCAUGUUCUUGCACCAAAGACUGACUCUGCGCAAGUGGCUGGCCCUUUUCCUGUUGACAGCUGCUGGAGCUUUUUAUACAUACGGAGGCCUGCAGGACCCACAGCACGUGCCUGCCUCUGACAUGAAGCUGCACAUCACUUCUCUUGGCCUAUUGUUGAUCUUUCUGUAUUGCCUGAUCUCAGGCCUUUCAGCUGUCUAUACUGAAGUUGUCUUGAAGAACCAGAAUCUGCCUCUUAACCUCCAAAAUGUGUAUCUUUAUUUUUUUGGUGUUUUGUUGAAUGUAAUCAUCCAUCUAUCAAGCAGCUCAGCAACUGGGUUGCUGGGCGGUUUCUCAAUUUGGGUUCUGAUAAUUAUUGUGAGCCAAGCCUUGAAUGGCUUGAUAAUGUCUGUGGUCAUGAAGCAUAGCAGUAACAUCACUAGACUCUUUGUGAUCUCCUCCUCCAUGAUGGUUAAUGCUCUACUCUCUGUCCUCUUAUUUAAUCUGCAUCUCACUACCUUUUUUUUCCUUUCUGUUCUGCUGAUUAGCUUAGCUGUUUACUUGUAUUAUGGAGUCAGAUAGUUACAUGCCUCUGUAUGUUUAGAGAACCCACUCAUGUGGAAGCAAUUCAUUGCCUAAUAUGGGCUGUUUUGAAAAGAGUAUAAUAGACUGUGCAUGUGCAUGCUUUACAGGUUUUCCUUAAAUUUCACCUCACUUGUGAAUGGCUUAAGAGCAAUUAUUUCGUACUUCUCUCUUAGCUCAGAGAAAGCAUAUGUUUGGGUGAGCUCCAGCUUAAACCUAAAUAUUAAUAUUCUAAUGUCAUUUGCUAGUGAGCAUAAUUUGAGGAAGCAGAUUGCUAUAUAGGAGCCCACUUUCCUGUUAUCUUGGUGACAGAUCCUAGAAACGUUGUGACUAAAAAAAGGAAAUGGUAUCUUUGGCCUCUUGUGGGAUGAAACCAAAUAUAUACGGAACACCCAGAACUCUUGUCUUCUCUCCCACCGAUCCCCAUUCAAAAUAACAGGGAAGUGGUCUUCUGUAUAAUAGCUACUUCACACUGUAUUCUUAACCCAGUGUCAAGAUUUAUCUGAGUCUUCAAAAGGAAAUAAUUAAAAGAUCUUUCUUAAUGGGCAGCAAUAGAAUCUUUUCCUGGGCUCCACUCUCUAAGCCUGGCAAGAAGGAGAUCUAUAUAUAUUUUUUAAAAAAAUAUACCUUUGAUGGUGUUGAUCCAGAAGACUAAUUAGAACAGAGUUAGCCGUUGUUCAUUCUCCACAGGGAAGUGGUUUGCUUUCGACGUUCUCUCUGUCCAGAGGUACUGCUGCAACCUGAUGAUCACAGAUGGCAAGUGCCUUCUGUAUAGUCUACUCCUGAAGGAGCCUGUUGUUUCCAGAUAGUUCAUGGCAAGAACUUUGGAUAUGUUGAAAAACCCUCCAAUCGAAUUGGAGUCAAUAUUUUCCUAUUGCUCUUCCCUUGAAAAGUUUGCCAAACAUGACUCACUUUUUCCCUUCAAUGUUGGAUCUGAAUGUGUAGCCCCACUUCAACAUACAAUCACAGGUUGCAGCCAUGUAAAUACAGGUGUUUCCUUUUCCAGGUGAAGUUGUUUACCGUACCCUUCAUGUACCUUCUGUGCCAAUGUCUGGAACACGUGUGGGGGUAACACCUUUAGAUGAGAGCUGGGGCUACAUAUGUUUUUUUUUUGUUAUAAUUUGUCUUUGGCAUUCUUCUGUGUGUUUAUGUUUGGGGCAGUCCCAUUUCUUCUAGGUCAUGAUUAUAAAUUUUGAUGGAUCAGUGAUGGGAUUGUGUCUGGAUUUAUAUACUCUCAGGUGCAACUAGCAUCAAUUCAAUGCAGCAAAAAGUCAAUUUGAAAGAAGAUAUUAAAAUUUAGUUUUCAGAUUUGUGUGUUGGUGUGAUCUUAUUAACUUGUUGCAAAGGAAGCUAUUUAAAAUGUUAGAACAUACAAGACCACUUUGAACACAACAUUCAUUAAAAAGAAUUGCAUGAGUAGCUUCAUGUUUUAUUUAUUUAUUUAUGAGAUUUGUUAGAUGCCCAUCUGGCAGAGGUUAAUCUGCCACUCUGGGCGACUUACAACCAAACACAAGUACAUUUCAUAUAAACAUAAUCAAAAUCCUAAAAAUUAGAAAUUAAAAGCUUAAACAUUUAAACCCCCCAAGAGAGUAGAGGAAAGCUUAAUCACACAACUCAUCCAGGGCUGG